AAACAAUUUUUUUAUUUUUUAUUUUUUUUUAUCUUUCCAAGUAUUGCAUCCACUUAUGUAAACUCGGUGCUCGCACCCCGCAGCGGAGGCUUUCUGGUAACUUAGCCGGAAACUUAGCGCCUCGCUUGGUCUUUAGUGGGCAGACUCUGAUUCGCUAUAUAUAACCUUGCAUUGGAUACCUUGAAAUUGGCUGUGGAGACGGACUUUUUUGUUUCUUCCCGGCAAUGUUUUUUUCGACAUGGUCGAAGUUCCCCCCAAUGGUAAACUUGUUUUUUUUUUUCUAACAAAAAACAUACACUUAUUUUGAUACCAAAAACCCCGUUCCGUUCCGUCCGUCAGUAUAUCUACCCAACUAUCGUAAUAAUAAUUCUUUUUACUAUGUUGUUAUGAACACCAUUGCUAUCGUUUAAUACCCACCCUCUCCCCUAACGCGUUGACGUCGCUUCAGAGUUUUAUACUCAAUCCAUUCACACCGACACCUACCCCUUAACCACUCGACACUCUUCGAUAUACUCCCAUCAGCAAAAAAAAAUGGGUGGCCUUGGUGAAGUGCUAUAUUACCUAUUCCACCCAGUCCAGCUACGGUCGAUCGUACAAUGGAAAGUUUGGCACGAGCCGGCUUAUAAGCGGGAUCCCUCCAAAGAGGCUCCCACUUUACGAUCAUGUUUCAACUUCCUAAAUAUGACUAGCCGCAGCUUUUCUGCUGUCAUUCAAGAGCUACAACCCGAAAUGCUAGUCCCUAUUGCCCUGUUUUAUCUCGUGCUAAGGGGAUUGGACACCAUCGAAGAUGACAUGACAAUUCCCGUAAAGACGAAGGAGCCUAUGUUACGCGAGUUCGACAAGUACUUGAAGAUUGACGGCUGGACUUUCAACGGGAGCGGCCCCAACGAGAAGGACCGCGAGCUACUCGUCCAUUUCGACGAUGUAAUCGCAGAGCUGAGGAAGAUCGACAAGAAAUACUACGAUAUCAUAGAAGAUAUCACCAUCAAGAUGGGCAAUGGUAUGGCCGACUACGCUUUGAAUGCGGAGUUCCAAGAAGGCGUCAAGUCGCUCGAGCAGUAUGAGGAAUACUGCCACUACGUUGCUGGCUUGGUCGGGGAGGGCCUAACUCGCAUCUUCGUGCAAGGCAAUACGGCAAAUCCCGCUCUACUUGACCGCAUGGAGCUUUCCGAGAGCAUGGGCCAAUUCUUGCAAAAAACCAAUAUCAUACGCGAUGUACACGAGGAUUUCGAGGAUAAGCGUAGAUUCUGGCCGAAGGACGUCUGGAGUAAGUACGUUGACAGGUGGGAUGACUUGUUCGACCCGAAGUACCGUACCCAGGCUCUUCAGUGCAGUUCCGAGAUGGUUCUCAAUGCUUUGAAGCAUGCCGACGAAUGUUUAUAUUACAUGGCCGGCAUCAAGGAGCAGAGUGUUUUCAACUUCGUCGCCAUUCCACAGACCAUGGCCAUCGCCACCCUUGAGCUUGUUUUCCAAAAUCCCAAGAUCUUCUAUAGCCACAUCAAGAUAACAAAGGGCGAUGCUUGUAGCCUAAUGAUGCAGUCAACGCAGAACCUGCGAACCGUCUGCAACGUAUUCAAGACAUAUGCAAGGAGGAUAGCUAAGAAGAACGAUCCAAGAGACCCUCACUACCUUGAGAUCAGUGUCGCUUGCGGCAAGAUCGAGCAAUUCAUUGAAACACUAUUCCCAACACAGGAUCCAACGAAGUUGCAUGCUGUGCAGGAGGCGGAGGGACAGGAGGCACAACAGGCUGCUCAGAAUGAUUUCUGGGAAGCUUUAUUAUUGGUUGGAUCUGUUGUAUUUGUGCUUUUAUUGGUUUCUGCUUUGAUGCUUGGUUUGGCAUGGUAUAUGGGAGCGAGGUUCGACGUGAUAUUCGACAAAGCGGCGGCAUCCAGCUUGAGAGAUGCGGCCAAAGCAACAGUCACGACAACCACGACCUUGACUCAUGAGGAGUUAUAGCGGGCGUUUUUGACCGGCACGACGCAGAAGAUGUAUGAUAACGCAAAUGGCGCUGGUAUGACUCUUUUAGAGGAUCGCCUUCUAAUAAUGGGCUAAGGCAUGAUAGGCCAUGCUAUGAGAUGAUGAGGCAUCCCCUUUAGAUUAUUGCUAAUAAUAUAUACUAAUAUCGUAAGUAAGCCCAUAUUUUCGUGACGCAGUAUAUCCAAUACCUUGAUUAAGGGGCAGUCAGUCUAAGGAUGGAACAAUAAGCACGGAUGUCAAAUUACAGUCCAGUCUUUCUCAAUGACUGUGGUUGUGCCGAGAAGUGCUGACAUUAAAUUUUAUGGCGAGGAGUACCGAGCCCGUUGCGGCUCGUAGGCACACGGUGGGCUUUGAACCUGAUCGAUACCCGGACAGGGUUCCCCGUCGUGGAUCGUCAACAUGAUAUUAUUAGAUACGUUUGACAGAGUGAUGACACGGUUGGGAAUACUUCCUUGGCAUUAUAUCUUGUUGCGACGUGAGCAAACAGGGCAGGGAGUUGAUGAUGACUGAGUGGUGACGCAACUAGAACGUGAACGACAAUAGCUCUUUCACCGGUCAAUCUCGUAUCAAGAUGCAUGAUGACACUGACGAUCUAGUAAUGCUUGACCAUUUCAAUAUUCGAUUUUAGCUUUUCUCAACUAAUAAAUUAUAAUAUUUCCACCUCGA